AUGUCCCAUGGAGCCCAGUGCCUCGGUCUCCAGCAGACUAGAUCUAGAGCCGCGAACCUCUGUGGUGCUCUCGCUAAGCGUGGUACCGCCGGUGCUUCCGGCAAGUUCUGUCUGGGGCCGAAGUCUGACCUGCAGUAUGCAGGUGCUAGUCGGGCUCAGCCGGCUAGGGCUGCCGGUAUUUCUUCUGCUGGAAACUUGACUGCUGAUGAGGCCUGCACCGAGACUGUAAAGCCUUCAAAGCUUGUUCUUGACGAAAUUGUUCGAUGA